AUGGAUGCUGUAGAGAAAAUUGUGGGAAGUGGCGUAGCUUUAUUUUGGCUUGAUAAACAUAUUGGUCUACCUGGUGUCUGUACUCAACUAAAACAAGAGUUCGAAUCGAACACAACUAACCUGUAUUCAUUUUCUACUGUUGAUCAAUGUCGUUCGUUUUUGCAGUCAGUUAAGAAUCGAAAGCUUUUUUGUAUUAUUCAAGGUUCACUGGCAAAAACUGUUGUUCCAGAUAUCGAUCGAUAUGAACAAUCAUUAUCACCUGUAGUUUAUAUUUUUUGUCUUGACGUGAGUGCUUACUCUGAAUGGGGUCAAAAUUAUGACUGUAUAUUACGCGGUGGAAUUUUUGAUCAUGAACAAGACGUUUUGACUCAUUUAACUCAUGAUUUAUCUGAAUAUGCUGCUUUGAAAGUUCAAGAAUACUCUUUCAAAAGAGCCGCUUGCGAUGAAUGGGCACAAAAUUUAGCUAGAAAUGCCAAACGACUUCGAACAGAACAAUGCACUUUAACGUUUCGUACCGAUCCAUUCAGUGACACAGACACAGACUGUGCAGAAGCACAAAAUUAA